AUGUCACUGUCCACAUUUCAAAAAGUGACGCUUGCAACAUGUCUGGUGCUCUGCGUCGCACUGCUGCUUCCCAAAAUGCUAUUGUCACGCGGGAAGAAGGAUGCUGAACGACAAGAGGGACGCUUCCCACCAAUGCCCCACCGGCAGGUGGCCUCUGAUGGGCACAACCAGCGGGCUGCGGGCUCCCACUUCUCCAGGGCCCACAAUCCAGAGGCCAUAGCCAGGGCCAAGGGGUCAGGCACAGGAGCAGGCACCGGGGGAAAAUCCAACCUAGCAGGGCAGAUCAUCCCUAUCUAUGGGUUUGGGAUCCUACUCUACAUCCUCUACAUCCUGUUCAAGAUAACAUCCAAGGGAAGCAGCAAGCCAGCAGACACCAGAUUUCCAUCUGUCAAGUCAGAGAACAUGAAGAGAAAGAUCACUGACUUUGAGCUGGCUCAACUGCAGGAGAAACUGAAGGAGACCGAGUUGGUGAUGGAGAAUAUUGUGUCCAAUGCCAAUCAUAGUCCUGACAGGGUGAAGGGAGUGAGUGCUGACCAGGAGGAGAGCCUCCUGCUCCAGCUCAGGGAGAUCACGCGGGUGAUGCAGGAGGGCCGUCUGGUGGAGGGCAUGGCUCCAGAGAACACCACCCAGCAUGACUGGGAAGAUUAUCCCAAGGAGCCUCGCCAUUACAGGGACCAUCCCUGCUGUCCCUGUCACAAUGGCUGGCACACCGGUCCACAGACCGAGCCGGAGGCUGAGAGAACAGAGGCAGAUGGGGCCGACGGAGCUGUCCUGGCAGAGGACAAUCCCGAUGGAGACAUUACGGACUCUGGAGAAGCUGAGGAACCAGAAGUUUGCAAUGGAGAUAAACCAAGAGAUGCUGCAUUCAAAGCAAUGGGGGAAGAGGACACGGCACCCGAGGGUGGUUGUGGGGUGAGUGACAAGGAGGACUUGUAUGAACCUGAACCCGAGGAGGAAGGGGCUGAGAUCGAACUGGGCCUACCUGAGGAGGACUUGGCUGGGGUGCUGAAGGAGCUGGAGCUGACGUUGAGGAUGACCUCCAUGAUGGAGCAGGAGAAGAUUGACGAUCUCACCCACCCGAAGGACACUGCAGCUGGCUGCACCCAGGUCAGAAGGAGGAACAAAAAGAGGAGAGUAAAGAAGGAGGUUCACUGA